AUGGACGUUCUUCGCCGGAUGAUGCCGAGAAAAAUGAAACGAGAUCAGUACUCGUUUGAGCUUCUCAAAAGUAGUUCCAAUAUUGAAUUGUCGACGGGAGUGGGUCCAGGGACACCGCUUCCCAGGAACUUUUCACAUUAUGACAGUAUACGAAUCGCUCCGUCCACACAGUCAGCGGUCAAGAGGCCGCAAGUUGUGAAGAACGAAAGAUAG